CUGCCCGUCCGUUGUCGACGUUCAGAGCUGGCGGCUCUCCAUCUCUCACUCCAUCAUCCUCCUCGCAUCUCCUCUGCUCCCGGUCCUCCUCGCAUCUCUUAUGUUCCGGGUGGGGGUUGAAGAUGAGUGAUUCCAAACCCUAGGGAGAGCCCUCGGGUUUAUUAUAUGAUAUAGACAUCAUUCUGUAAAUAACCAAGAAGCUUGGGAUUAGUAUAGAUAGAUUAAAUGUAACUAGGAUCUAAAUGUAAUUUAGCUAGGUUGUUAGGAUUGUAACGAUUUUUCCCUCCUGUAGAACAGAGUAUAAAUUCAGCUAUUCUAGCUGAACUCUGUACGAUUUCUUCAUUCAAUUUAGAGAAACAAGAACUUCAAUCAGCAUACCAUGGUCAGCCGAGCAAACUCUGUUGCUUCUCAUGCUUUUGAAACAACUGAACCAUCAGGUAUUCUUUAUUAUGCUUUAAAUGUUAAUUGUCAUCUACAGAAUAGAUGGAUUCUGGAAACUGGGGCCACAUAUAAUAUUAUCUGUUCUCCCAAACAUUUUUCUUCUUCAAAACCAGUUUCUAACACCUAUGCUCAUAUGCUUGAUGGUAGUAAAGUUUUUGUCACAUCCAUAGGAACUGUCAAAUAUUCAGAACACUUAAUCCUCUUUGAUGUUCUCCUUGUUCCUGCUUUCAAUUUCCAUCUAGUUUCUGUUAGCAGACUAGUUCGCAGCACAACCAUUUGCUUAUGGUUUCAUUAUUCCCUGUGCUGUAUUCAGGCAUACCCCAGUUUGACAAUGAUUGGAACAGCUAGUUUGAUUGAUGGUCUCUACAUCUUACAUCAUCCUUCUCAAACUGCCCACUUACAGCAUAACCUCAUUCUUAACAACACUGAAGCUACCUCUCCUACAAUAGCUUUUUCUAUCUCAAAGAAUUCUAUUGACAUCUGGCAUUAUAGACUUGGUCAUAUUCUAGAUUGUAAACUCAAACUUUUCCAUAGUAUAGAUAGUACUAUCAAUGCUCUUGCUGAUUUUCAUUGUACUUUAUGCCCAAAGGCAAAACAGAAGAGGCUCUCUUUUCCCUCUAGUAUCAGUAAGACAUCAGCUCCUUUUGACAUUCUACAUGUUGAUAUUUGGGGAAAUGCCCCUGUCACCUCCAUUCAAGGUCGUGCUUACUUUCUGACUAUAGUAGAUGAUUUCAGUAGGCAUAUUUGGAUCUUUACAAUGAAAGCUAAGUCUGAAGCACGCCCCAAUAAUCAUCUCAUUCUUUGCUUUUGUUGAAACCCAAUUUCACAGCAAGAUAAAAGCCAUUAGAACAGACAAUGGUCUUGAAUUUCACAUUCCAUAAUUCUAUAAUUCUAAGGGUACCAUUCAUCAAACUACCUGUGUUUACACUUUCCAAUAGAAUGGUAUUGUUGAAAGAAAGCAUCAAUACAUUCUAGCAGUCACUAGGGCUUUACGGUUUCAGGCCUCAUUGCCACCACUGUUUUGGAACUUUGCAGCCAUGUAUGUUGUUCAUAUAAUAAAUAGAACUCCAACUACACUUCUUCAGAACCUUACUCCUUUUGAGAAACUUCAUGGUUCUCCACCCACUCUGAAUCAUUUAAGAGUUUUUGGUUGCCUCACUUAUGCUGAAACUGUUCAGCCAACCAAAACCAAACUUGAUCACAGGUCUAACCCCCGUGUUUUCCUAGGACACCCUCAUGGCACAAAAGGGUUUAGACUGUACAAUUUAAAUACUCACAAUAUUUUCAUAUCAAGGGAUGUUUCAUUUCAUGAAACUAUUUUCCCAUUUCAUCAGUUACCUCAAAACUUGACCCCAUCAGUUCCUCUUCCUGUGUUUCAAGUUAUCUCUUCAGACCUGGGAUUCACAAAAUCUCAUACUAUUCUUCCUAAUCCUAUUCCACCUCAGUAUCCUCCUCAGUUCCAGCAAUUGAUUCAACAGUAUUAGCAUCUGAUUCAUCAGUCCCAGUAACUGAUACAAUAAAAAAUUUAAAUCCUGUUACACAACCUCAGUUGAGAAGAUCCACUAGACAGGUUGUCAAACCAGCUAAACUAAAAGAUUACAAAUGUAAUCUAGUUAGUCAAGCAAACCUACUAUCUUCAGUUACAUACCCCAUACAACAUAUGCUAACUUACAGAUCACUCAGUUCCACUCAUCGUCAUUAUGCAUGAUCAAUUAACUCUGAGUUUGCUUCUCUUGAAAAGACAAAGACUUGGGUCCUUGUUGAUCCUCCACCCAAUGUUCCCAUCAUAGGUAACAAAUGGGUUUUCAUAUUAAAGUUUAAACAUUAUGGAUCAAUUGACAAAUACAAAGCUCGAUUGGUAGCUAAGGGCUACACACAGACUCCUGGCAUUGACUAUCUGGACACAUUUUCUCCAGUAGUUAAAAUGACCACAAUAAGGAUUCUUUUAGCCCUAGCUUCCAUCUAUAACUGGCAUCUUGAACAACUUGAUGUCAACACAGCCUUCUUACAUAGAGAUCUUCAUGAAGAUGUAUACAUGAAGCUGCCUCCAGGCUUACAAGUCCAUCCCUCAGAUAAAAACAAAUUCUGUAAACUCACUAAGUCACUAUAUGGCCUAAAACAAGCCAGUCGCUAGUGGUUUGAAAAACUAGCCACCACUCUGGAAACUCUUGGAUACCAGAAAUCUCAGAGUGAUUACAGUCUCUUCACUAAAUACUCUGGUAAAUCAUUUAUAGCCUUGUUAGUAUAUGUCGAUGACAUUAUUCUUACAGGGAACAACAUGGAUAAAAUCAAGCAUGUCAAACUUCAACUGGACAUUGCUUUCACACUAAAAGAUCUUGGCCCACUGAAAUACUUCCUUGGCAUGGAAGUAUCCAGAUCUGAGACUGGUAUUCAUUUGUGGCAAAGAAAAUACACGUUUGAUCUACUUUCUGAUACUGGUUUUUUGGCAUCAAAACCAGCUACAACACCAUCCAUUCUUGCAACACAUCUUUCUGCUAAAGAUGGCACUAAGUUAGAUGAAGCUGCUCAUUCUAGUUACAUGAAAUUAAUUGGUAGAUUUCAAUACUUAUGCAACACGCGUCCUGGCAUUUGUUACACUGUAAAUUAGCUAAGUUAGUUUGUAGAUUUCCCUACAUCAGCUCAUGAACAAGCUACUCAUAGGCUCCUUCGAUACUUGAAAACCACCCCUGCUCGUGGAUUGUUCUUUCCUUGCAAUUCUUCCACUCGUCUUACUACUUUUUCAGACUCAGACUAGGUUGGCUGCCCUGAUACUCGACCCUCUGUGACUGGUUUUUGUGUGUUUUUAGGCAACUCACUGAUCAGUUGGCGGUCCAAGAAACAACAAACCAUCUCCAGAUCAUCAACAAAAGCGGAAUACAGAGUACUGGCAGACACGUCCCAAGAAUUGCAAUGGAUGACUGCUUUGUUCCAGCAACUCCCGAUCCAACCUGCUCAGCCUUACAUGAUCUACUAUGAUAGUCUCUCUACUGUCAAAAUGACUGAAAACUCUGGUAAGCACGAAAGAACCAAACACAUCGAGGUGGAUUGGCAUUUCACCCGAGAUCAAGUCAAUGCUGGGAAAUUGAAAGUUCAGCACAUAUCGACGACUCUCCAACUUGAUGGUCCUUUCACCAAAGCCUUACCAGUUCAUACCUUUGUUGAACUCAUUUCCAAGCUAAACAUGAAAGCAAUCCAUGCUUAGCUUGCCGGGGGGGGGGGGGGGGGGGUAGAUGAUAUAGGUAUCAUUCUGUAAAUAACCAAGAAGCUUAGGAUUAGUGUAGAUAGAUAACAUUUAGCUAGGUUGUUAGGAUUGUAAUGGUUUUUCCCUCCUAUAGAACAUAGUAUAAAUUCAGCUAUUCUAGCUGAACUCUAUAUGAUUUCUUCAAUCAAUUCAAAGAAACAAGAACUUCAAUCAGAAUUCUAGCAGGGUUGGAUUGAGGGCAAAAUCACAUCCACAAGUUUCCGACAGUGUACGAGGAUCGAUUUGCCAACAAUUUGAGCGAUGCAGAGACCCCAUGAACAGAGGCGUAAGCGGAUUUGAAGUCUUUCUUUAAUGGGUGUCAAGGAUGGACACAGAUUGGAGUGAGGCAGAUUGGUACCUCGUCAUUCCGCCUCCGCUAGAAUUCAUUUGCUUCUGGUUCGAUUGAUGCUGGUGGUGAAGAGGCUGAAGAUCUGGCUCCAUUGAGAACAUAAGAAAAAGAAUUGAAAGGAGAAGAAGGGAUAAAAAAUAGGGAUGGAAGUUUGGUACCGGUAUUUAGGACAUACCGAAUUUAUCACUAUUUGCUAUUACCGAACACCGACUUAUUUUUUAGGGAUUGGGAUUGAGAUUUGGAGUGCUAUUCGGUGUUCGGGAUUACGGUAUUGGGAUCGUUAUAUACCUAAAUACCGAGAAAUACCAAAAAUUGAAAAUUAAUGAAAUAUAGGACACAACCUUCGGUCAUUCCUCACUCUUUCACAAAUUAGAUGCCCUUAUCCAACUCAAUUUUCACUCUCCAGUUUAAGUGACUCUCGUCUCUCACCUAAUCUCUUAUUAUUUUCAUAACACCAAAAGGCAAACACUAGUAUUAGUCGUCUCUCAGCCUCCAAUUCGUCAAAUUAAAGAUUACCAAUGAUAAUAAUGUUAGAUGUCAUCUCUCCUCCAUUCUCUUUAUCCAUAUCCUAGCUCUAGCCAAACUCAAGACUCUUUGCUUAGUCUCUUUACCUUAAAUUAAACAAUAAAAUCUAAUUUUUAUA